AUGAGGUUAAACGGCUGCAGACCGCGUGACACUCACACCGACAACGAGCUGAGAGAGUCGUUCCUGAGGCAGCGGAGGCCUCUGGCCUUUGGAAAGAUGUCCUUCGUGGUCUUCCUCCUGACCUCGACCGUCUCAGCGGCUUCUCUGCCCGGCGACUCGGACAGGGGGAGGAGGAAGGUGGUGCACGUGCUCGAGGACGCCAGCGGCGCGGUGGUCGUGCAGACGGCUCCGGGCAAAGUGGUGACGCACCGCGGCGGCUCCAUCACGCUGCCGUGCCGCUUCCACCACGAGCCGGAGGACAGCGACCCGGACCGCGUCCGCAUCAAGUGGACCAAGGUGACGGCCGCGCUGCAGUUUGAGGACGUGUUCGUGGCCCUCGGGAGGCAGCAGCGCGUGUUUGGCUCGUAUAAAGGCCGCGUGUUCCUGGAGCAGGCGGGACCGGGAGACGCCUCGGUGGUCAUCCAGAACGUCACGCUGGAGGACUACGGACGCUACGAGUGCGAAGUCACGGACGACAUGGAAGACGACGCGGGGUUCGUCAACCUCGACCUGGAAGGAGUGGUGUUCCCCUACUACCCCCGCGAGGGGCGCUAUAAGCUCAACUACCACCAGGGGGAGGACGCCUGCAAACAGCAGGACGCCAUUCUGGCCUCUCACGCCCAGCUGCACAAGGCCUGGCUGGAGGGACUGGACUGGUGCAACGCCGGCUGGCUGGAGGACGGCUCGGUCCAGUACCCGGUCGCUCAUCCCAGAGACGAGUGCGGCCGCAAGGACAACCCGGCUGGGGUCCGUAACUAUGGUUACAGGCACAAGGACGAGCGCUACGACGCCUUCUGCUUCACCUCCAAGCUCAACGGCCGAGUCUACUUCCUCAAGCGCUUCAAGAAGGUGAACCACUCCGAGGCCGUGAAGGCCUGUGUGCGUGACGGCUCGGCGCCGGCCCGGGUGGGUCAGCUGUACGCGGCGUGGAGGUUCCAGCUGCUGGACCGCUGCGAGGCCGGCUGGCUGCAGGACGCCAGCGUCCGGUACCCCAUCGUCAACCCCCGCGCUCGCUGCGGUGGACCCCAGCCGGGCGUCCGGCACCUGGGCUUCCCCGACAAGAAGUUCCGCCUCUACGGCGUCUACUGUUACCGCGCCAACGAGGACGGAACGGCGGCAAAAAGCCUCGCGGGUUUCUCGACGGGGAGCAAGAGCGGCAGCGGCCGGGCCCCGAAUGCUACCACGGGGAUUUAA